AUGGCGGACGUCGAAAUGAAAGAAGCUACUGCGGGUGCUUCGGCCAAGGCGAAAGGUGCAUCCAAGGCCUCGGAAGGGGCAGUUGAUGGCAAGAAGAGGUUUGAGGUCAAAAAGUGGAAUGCGGUGGCUCUCUGGGCGUGGGACAUCGUUGUCGACAACUGUGCAAUUUGCCGUAACCACAUCAUGGAUCUAUGUAUCGAAUGUCAAGCGAACCAGGGCUCAUCUACCACCGAAGAAUGCACCGUCGCUUGGGGGAUUUGCAACCAUGCAUUUCAUUUCCACUGCAUAUCUCGUUGGCUGAAAACUCGCCAGGUCUGCCCGUUGGAUAACCGAGACUGGGAAUUCCAAAAAUACGGACGGUAA